AAUGUGAGAAGAUGAAGGAAUCGGUACUAAGGGCCGCAGCUGCUUCUUCCUCUUCUUUUUUCCCUGCAAAGUAGGGUGGUGUUGCAGAAUGUAGGGAGAAAAAAAGAAAAGGAACAGAGUCUUUAGGAUAGUGGCAAAGACUUGGAAUGAUUAUUUUGGGGAAUGAGAAAGAACCCUGAUCACAAAAAGAUAAAGGAAUUGCCAAGCGUGGCUAACAACUGGUUGAAAUUGCAAAGUGUAGUGAGUGGCCUGGAGUGGACGAGCGAGUUUUUUUCUUUCUUCCAGCCAGAGGCGGACUCCAGACUUUCGAAUCUGAGGGGAUUUAAAAAAGGUUGAUAUUGGCUGGGGAGCUUUUUGGGUUGGGGGCUUGCUGUACAGAUGUGUUACAGAAAGGCGCACAAUGAAAGGAAAUUCAUCUUAGAAAGAAGGGAUAUGUCCCAGAGAGGGCGAUGUUGCUAUGGGUAUUUAAAAUGAUAGCCCGUGAAUAGGUAAGCAAAGAAGGUGCUAGGCUAGGGUAUCUCUCCACUCCACGGAAGUUUGUACGACUGCGAGGCGGAGGCAGGGAGGACCAAGCUCUCACCGGUGUGGCGUGGCUGUACCAGCUCUUACAAAAUCUAGAAGGUGAUGGAGCUAGCCUACAAGGAGUCGUCUUUAGUGGAGAGGCCUGAGGUCUCCGCAGUGACGGGGGUGGCAGUGAGACCCCUUAAUUUUCAACUACAGGCCAGUCUCAGGUGGCCCAAAGGCGCUGAAUCUAAGGUGGAGUCUCCCCUUCCGCUGGAAGCUGGAGGCGGCCUGACCCGGAAGUUUCUUUGCCAACCCGGAAGUAGAACUGGGCAGCGGAGGCGCCGCCGCGGAGCCGCCCUAGAGCCACCGCCCCCUCGCCGCUUUGCCGCUGCGUUGGGAAACCUGGACCGCGGCGGCGCCGGGUUGCCCUCAUGAUCCCGGGCGGGCGGCGGCGGCGGCGGCGGCAGAGGCGGCGGGAGGAUGACCUCUUACAGGGAGCGGAGUGGCGACCUGGCUCGUUUCUACACUGUCACUGAGCCCCAGCGACACCCGAGGGGCUACACAGUAU